UUAAAUCCCGGAGCGUGUGAUGAAGUACAGCGCUUCGGAUGUGCAUGGUACCUGGCGUACAUGUACGGACAAUAAUUUCUGCAUUGUGUCUUGAGAACAGUUACUGAACCACGCUGCAGCUGACAAUCAACAAUGGACUCCACCGGAGCAGGGGUCUCAACUUCAAUUUGUCUAUCCGAAGAUGGGGAUUAUGCUGCGCAGUUGAAUGGCAAAGACCUGGCCAUUCACCUCGACCCAGCUUCUCCCGAAUUUAGAGAGAUACAGAUCAUCAAGCUUAAGGAUAUUACCUCAAAAUCUCUGAAGUUCUCGCGAUCAAAACCCGUUUUACCUUCAAGCACGCACUCCUAUGCAGGGGUCAGCUUGCCAGGGCGACGCGUGCUUUGUGCUAGUGAUGCCCGCAUCCUGAUCUGGCAGCUAGAACCGUUGCAACUGCAUGCAGAGAUUGAAAGCAUUGAGUCCGGCGCUACAUAUGUCGACUUUGGCGGAGAUGAAAAUGAGAUCAUCUUCUUCCAUGCCUGGAACACGAAAAUGACCGUGUUCGGACUGGACUCUGGCCGCAGCCAGGUUAUCAAAAGCCCCAAGUUUUCAACCUACAAUGGCUUCGGGUACCGGCCCAAAACAAGGCAGUUCGCUGUUCUUUUGAAGCCGGAUGCGGUUGAUCUACUAACAAUUCAUGAAUUUCGAUCUUACGAACUCAUAGGGCGAGCAGUUCUGCCUACGGUAGACGCUCAAGGACUCAAAUGGAGUCCAGACGGGAGAUGGAUAGCCGUAUGGGAUGCUGCGAGUGCGGGCACCAGAGUCCUCGUUUUCACGGCUGAUGGACAACUCUUCAGGACAUACAGUGGCCCUCCGGGGCUCGAUAGUUCGCUCGACCUUGGUGUUAGAGCGAUAGAGUGGAGCCCUGUUACCGGGCAACGCGGUGUGUCAGAACUCCUGGUUGUUGGAAAGGUUGACGGGACUGUUGACGUCCUCAAGACACGGACAUUUUCUCGCUCGAUCACGCUCUCCCAUGUCUUUCAGAUAGAGCAAAAUUCUCCCAGUGUCUGGCGAGAACGCUACGCCGGGGAUGGGGACCUCGAAUAUGCUGAAGCGUCCAGCUCAUCUGCAUUUGGCAUGCCUGCCGAGCCAUCCGGGUCGCCUCGGGGCGUGUCGAUCAUGGCCUUUAGUGCCAGCGGCACACUUCUGGCCACUGUCGAUCAGACGCGACCGAAUAUUGUUUGGAUAUGGGACCUGGAAAACACCCCUGUCCUGCUGUCCGCUUUAGUUCAUGAGCACGCUGUCAGACAGGUGGUAUGGCAUCACUCGAAGAUGCAAUUGCUUAUAACCACAGCGAACACUGCCUAUGCUGCCGUGCGGUACUGGUCCCCAUACAGCCAGCCGCUAGUUGCGCGCGUCCCAGUUCCACGAAGCGAAACCGGGCGAUAUGAUGUGAGAUGGCUAUCUUUCGAUGAGGACGACGAUUCCAAGUUCUGGUUCGGUACGCCGGACGAUUAUGUACUUGGUCAUCUUGAGAAUGUGGAAGGCUCACCGCAAUUCAAGGUAACCAGUACUAUCAAUGGCAAGGCGAAGAGAAGCAGCUAUGGUCCGAGCACGAGCAGAUAGGCGUGAUACGAUCUAUGCGUUAUGAACCCGCAUCCAACUACCCCAUGAUAACCAGAACUAAUUAAUUCCCAUGCGACAUCAUACUACUCAUCUACUGCACAUCUAAUGGCUACGAAGACUCCGGCAUACUUAGGGUCCUUCUUCCUUGACCUAAAUACCAGGAAACAGCAC